AAGCCAGGGCCUUCCCGUGCCUCUGGCCCCAGCGCUGCCAUUUGGCACAGGGCCCGUGUCAGGGUGAACGGCCUGGCCUGGUACCAGGGGCUGCCAUGGAGCCGGUGCCCUGCAGCUACCACCCACGUGCGGGGCUCUUGGUCUUUGCCUGCUAUGACCGGCUGUGGCGAGAGAUCGAGGCGCUGCUGGCAGAGAACGAGGAGUUGAUGCAGGUGGUGGGGCAGCUCAGGCAGCAGCGGCACCUCCUGCACGGCCAGCCCAGCUCAGCACCCCCCCUCACCUCCGUGCCCUGCUCUGCUGGGGGAUGCUUCAACUUCCUUAGCCCAGCCAAUGCUUUGGAGCGGGAUCUGGCACCCCUGCAGCAGAGCCCCAUCUCCCAGACCCCGCCUUGGCAGCACCUCUGGAACCAGCAGACCCAGGAUGGCAUGCUGAGCAGCACCGACAUCAGCAGCGGGGCGCUUUCACUCACCACCAGGAGCAGAACCCUGAGCAGCUCCAAGCUGCGGCUGUCAGACCUGCAGGGGCCGGAGGCUGGGGUCCCCCCAGCCCUGGUCCCACCACCACCAGCCCCAGUGGAGCAGCAGCCGCUGGACCUGCAGCUGCCGGACACCUGGUGCAAGGAGCCCUCCUGGAAGGUGGCCCAUGAUGCCAACUGGCUUGCUCCCAGCCAGGAGCUGCCACAAAGCUCCAGAUUGCAAGCUCCCGCAGCCAGCCAGCAGCCAGCAUGGGGGCAGCUGGUGGGAGAGAUCGCCUUCCAGCUGGACCGCCGCAUCCUUGCCAGGGUCUUCCCCGACUGUGCCCGGCUCUACGGCUUCACUGUCACCAACAUCCCUGAGAAGAUCAUAGCGACCGCCCUCGGUGCCAUGCCAGGGAGCUUCGACGAGCAGUACUGUGCCGCCGCUGCCCAGCGCUACAUCAGCCUGCUGGGGCGUCUGCGGGCACUGGGCUACAGCCCCACAGUGCACCCAGCCUUUGCCGAGUCCCUUGUCAACACCUAUGGCAUCUUGCUGGAGCUGCCAGGGCCCGAUGCCCAUGCCUGCCACAGCCCAGACUUCCUGCGGCGCGUGGUAACUGAAACGGUGCCACCGGCGGAACAGGCAGAUGCGAUGGUGCUGCAUGAGUGCCUGCAGGAGCUGGCACGGGAGGACGGGCAGCCCCUCUUCCUCCGGUGAGCGGCUGGGCUGGCCCCCACACCGGCACCAAACCCACCCCGGCUGUGCCGCUGCCAGCCAGAGCCCCACACCGUGCAAUAAACCUG